GCUUUCUUCUCUCCUCCAUUUCCGUCUUUCUCGUUGCACCUACCGAAUAAUAGUACUCUAGCUAUUGAACGUUCGUUAUCCCGCCCUCUUCUCUACCGGGCGCACACGACACGACUACAAGGGGAGUAAUGGCAAAUAUUAGCACCCCAGUGAGCACGAUCAGGGCUGCCCAGCGUGCGGACGGGCCGGCGGCGGUGCUGGCCAUCGGCACGGCGAACCCGGCCCACUGCGUGUCCCAGGACGACUACCCCGACUACUACUUCCGAAUCACCAACAGCGACCACCUCACUCACCUCAAACACGUCUUCACCAAGCUCUGUGCCGCUGCGGGCGUCGAGAAGCGCUUCUUCCACCACACGGAGGGGCUGCUGAAGGCGCACCCAGAGUUGCUCCUCCGCCGCCGCGGGCCGUCGUCCUCCCUCGACACCCGGCUCGACAUCGUCGCCGCGGCCGCCCCGGAGCUCGCGGCGUCGGCGGCCGCCAAGGCCAUCGCCGAGUGGGGCCGUCCGGCGGCGGACAUCACCCACCUGGUCGUCAGCACCAACGCCGGCGCGCACGCCCCCGGCUGCGACGCCCGCCUGGCCACGCUCCUCGGCCUGCGCCGCGACGUCCGGCGCACCGUGCUCCAGCUCAACGGCUGCGCCGCGGGCUGCGCCGCGCUGCGCUUGGCCAAGGACAUGGCCGAGAACUGCCGCGGUGCGCGCGUCCUCGUGGCCUGCGUCGAGCUCACCGUCUCCGCCUUCCGCGGGCCCGAUGAGGAAGGCGACUCCUUCGAAAGCCUUAUCCCCCAGGCUCUGUUCGGCGACGGCGCGGCCGCCGUCAUCGUUGGCGCCAUCGGUGCUGACAGCGACAUCAUCGGCAACGAGCACCCGCCGCUGUUCGAGAUGGUGUCGGCUUCGCAAGCCGUGAUACCGGGGACGGAGGGGGUGCUCACGAUGCAGCUCAAGAACGGCGGCGUCAUCGACGGGGUCAUCUCCACCGAGCUGCCGAGGCUGGCGGCGGACAACGUCGAGCGGUGCUUGCUGGAGGCGUUCGCCGCCAUCGGCGUGGACGAUGGUAACAUGGAAUGGAAUGAUCUCUUCUGGGCAGUGCACCCGGGAAGCACUGUGAUCCUGGACCACAUCGACAGGGCGCUCCGGUUAGCGCCGGAGAAGCUAGCGGCCAGCAGAAGCGUCGUGAGGAGCUACGGGAACAUGCUUGGCGCCACGAUCAUCUUCGUCCUCGACGAGCUAAGGCGGCAGCCAUUGAUAAUGGAUCAUCAGUGGGGGGUCAUGAUGGGAUUUGGACCGGGGUUCACUGUCGAGACCAUGCUGCUGCACGCACCUGCUACUGCUACCAACCUAAAUAAAUUAAAAUAAAUAAAUUUUACAUGUAAAGCUUGAAAACUCUCAAUCUCAUGGUCAUUAGAUCUCAAAAAUACCGAUCAAAUUAAAGAUCGAACCUCUAAUCACUUGAAUAUAUUUUGUGAAAGUAACUCCAAGGUGGAAAAGUUUAGGGGGUUUUCAGAAAAUAUGUUUAAGUGAUUAGAGGUCCACCUUUCAUCUGAUUAUUUUUUUAAUGUAAUGGUUAGAAUUGAUAUUUUCAAGUUUUCCGUCAAUAAUAAAGGUUAUAAUGUCA